AUGGCCAGCCUCGAGGUGCUCCGCGGCGGCGGCAACAAGAACAUCCAGGGCGCGCUCCCGACGGAGAUCGGCAACUGCGCGAACCUCACCAUGCUCGGCCUCGCCGAGACCAGCAUCUCCGGCCCGCUCCCGGCCAGCCUCGGCCGGCUCAAGAACCUCGACACGCUGGCCAUCUACACGGCGAUGCUCUCCGGCCCGAUUCCCCCGGAGCUCGGGAAAUGCAGCGCCCUGCAGAACAUCUACCUGUACGAGAACGCGCUGUCCGGCUCCAUCCCGUCGCAGCUGGGUGCCCUCGGCAACCUCAAGAACCUGCUGCUGUGGCAGAACAACCUCGUCGGCGUCAUCCCGCCGGAGCUGGGCGCCUGCACGGCGCUCAACGUGGUGGACCUGUCCAUGAACGGCAUCACCGGCCACAUCCCGGCCACGCUCGGGAACCUCUCGUCGCUGCAGGAGCUGCAGCUCAGCGCCAACAAGGUGUCCGGCCCGAUCCCGGUGGAGCUCGCGCGGUGCACCAACCUCACGGACCUCGAGCUCGACAACAACCAGAUGUCCGGCGGCAUCCCAGCCGAGAUCGGCAAGCUCGCGUCGCUGCGAAUGCUGUACCUCUGGGCCAACCAGCUCACGGGCACCAUCCCGCCGGAGAUCGGCGGCUGCGUCAGCCUCGAGUCGCUCGACCUGUCGCAGAACGCGCUCACCGGGCCCAUCCCGCCGUCCAUGUUUCGGCUGCCGCGGCUCUCCAAGCUGCUGCUCAUCGACAACGUUCUGUCCGGCGAGAUACCGCGGGAGAUAGGCAACUGCACGUCGCUAGUAAGGUUCAGGGCGAGCGGCAACCACCUCGCCGGCGCCAUACCUGCCCAGAUAGGCAAGCUCGGCCACCUCAGCUUCCUGGACCUCAGCUCGAACAGGUUGUCCGGCGCCAUCCCUGCCGAGAUCGCCGGGUGCCAGAACCUCACGUUCGUCGACCUGCACGGCAACGCCAUCACAGGCGUGCUGCCGCAGGGCCUGUUCCACGGAAUGCUGUGGUUACAGUACCUGGACCUCUCGUACAACGCCAUUGGCGGCACGCUGCCAUCGGAGGUAGGCAUGCUGGGCUCGCUCACGAAGCUCGUCCUUGGCGGGAACCGGCUGAUCGGCCACAUACCGCCGGAGAUCGGCUCGUGCACGCGGCUCCAGCUCCUGGACCUCGGCGGCAACUCGCUCUCCGGCCCGAUACCGGCGACCAUCGGCAAGAUCCCUGGCCUGGAGAUUGCUCUAAACCUCAGCUGCAACGGCCUGUCGGGUGCCAUCCCGAAGGAGUUCGCGGGGCUCACGAGGCUCGGCGUGCUCGACGUGUCGCACAACCAGCUCUCCGGCGAUCUCCAGCUCAUGUCCGCUCUCCAGAACCUGGUUACGCUCAACGUCUCCUUCAACAACUUCUCCGGCCGCGCGCCGGAGACGGCGUUCUUCGCGAAGCUGCCCAUGAGCGACGUGGAGGGCAACCCGGCGCUGUGCCUGUCCCUGUGCCCCGGCGACGCCAGCGACCGCGCGCGCCGCGCCGCCCGCGUCGCCACCGCCGUCCUGGUCUCCGCUCUCGUCGUCCUCCUGGUCGCCGCGGCGCUCGUUCUCUUCAGCCGCCGGCGCGAGCGCUCGAUCUUCGGCGGCGCACGUCCGGAAGACGACGACAAGGAGGCGGAGAUGCUGCCGCCGUGGGACGUGACGCUGUACCAGAAGCUGGAGAUCAGCGUGGGCGACGUGACCCGCAGCCUGACCCCGGCGAACGUGAUCGGGCAGGGCUGGUCCGGCGCCGUGUACCGCGCGAGCGUGCCGUCGACGGGCGCCAGCAUCGCCGUGAAGAAGUUCCGGUCGUGCGACGAGGCGUCCGCGGAGGCGUUCGCGUGCGAGAUCGGCGUGCUGCCCCGCGUGCGCCACCGCAACAUCGUGCGGCUCCUGGGGUGGGCGUCCAACCGCCGCGCGCGGCUCCUGUUCUACGACUACCUCCCCAACGGCACCCUCGGCGGCCUGCUGCACGGCGGCGCGGCGGGGAUGGUGGUGGAGUGGGAGGUGCGGCUCUCGAUCGCCGUCGGCGUCGCCGAGGGCCUCGCGUACCUCCACCACGACUGCGUGCCGGCGAUCCUCCACCGCGACGUCAAGGCGGAUAACAUCCUCCUCGGGGAGCGGUAUGAGGCGUGCGUCGCCGAUUUCGGGCUCGCCAGGGUCGCCGACGACGGCGCCAACUCGUCGCCCCCUCCGUUCGCCGGAUCGUACGGAUACAUCGCGCCCGAGUACGGAUGCAUGAUCAAGAUCACGACGAAGAGCGACGUGUACAGCUUCGGGGUGGUGCUGCUGGAGAUCAUCACGGGGCGGCGGCCGGUGGAGGCUGCGUUCGGCGAGGGGCAGAGCGUGGUGCAGUGGGUGCGCGAGCACCUCCACCGGAAGCGCGACCCGGCGGAGCUGGUGGACGCGCGGCUGCAGGGCCGGCCGGACACGCAGGUCCAGGAGAUGCUGCAGGCGCUCGGGAUCGCGCUGCUCUGCGCCAGCGCGCGCCCGGAGGACCGGCCGACCAUGAAGGACGUGGCGGCGCUGCUCCGCGGCCUCCGGCACGACGACGGCGCCGACUCGCGCAAGACCAGCGGCGCCGCGAAGUGGGCCGAGCCGAGGACGCCGGGCAAGCCGGCGCCCCUGCGUCACCCGGCCGAGACGCAAACCGGCCGGCCCCACUCGUCGACGUCGAGCUCGCUGGCCUACUCAACAACCGGGAGCGUGUAG